UGAUUAGAUAAGACGUAGAGUCAACUAAUUUAAACGAUUUUCACUGAUGAUUCAAAGAUAUCAUCAAAUUUAAACUGAUUUUCAUCAGGAUUUGAUCUUAUUUUUCAAUGGCCGGACACUAAAUAUAAUUUAUUAAAUUAUAUGAUACAGAUAAGAAAUUGGCGCCGCUGAAAGGAACCGUGACCGAUGUAAAAAAAGAUAGGGAUAUACAUAGCGGACGAGUUAAAGAACUUGUUAUAUAAGGGGUUGAGGUGUUUUAAACCGUCAUUCCACUGUCAAAACUCGACAGCUGCUGACAAAUAUAGUGAUACAACACGAAAUCUGGAAUAUACUCAUAACUGAUACAAUGGCUGAUAGAUUCGAUGACGUUCUCCAACCUCCGACAUACGACAGCGGAUCACUGAUGUCAUCAAUGGGGCACCCUCCUCCUAACAUUACUACACUCGGAUUGCCACAAGAAGAUAUUGACUCGAUGUUUGCCUCACACCUUGUAGCCAUGACAAAUGCUAGUUCACUUCCGAUGACGAGUGGAUACUCGCAGACGCUUUCAACUUCAUCAUCUAUGUCACAGUAUCCUCUGAUGAGUGGAGCGCCAUCUAUGUCAGGUAUGACAACUCAAUUAAACGAUCCGUCACGUGACAAAGAAGCAUUAUACGGACAUCCUUUGUUUCCUCUGUUAGCAAUAAUUUUCGAAAAAUGUGAACUUGCUACUUGUGCACGUAAAGUUGCUGGUGAUCCUAUAUGUUCAUCAGAAUCGUUUAAUGAAGAUCUCCUUAUGUUUAGUAAACAGUUUUCUGAAAGAAAUGAAGGUUCAAUAUUCACACAUAAUCAAGAAAUAGACAAUAUAAUGGUGCAAGCUAUUCAAAACUUUAGAUUUCAUUUACUAGAAUUGGAAAAAGUUCAUGAACUCUGUGAUAACUUUUGUGAACGAUAUAUCACUUGUUUAAAAGGCAAAAUGCCAAAUGAUCUUAAUGUCGAUUCUCAAGGAGAUGAUGAUGAUACAUCUAAACUUUCAAAUAGUAAUUUUGAUCCUACAGAUGACACCGACAGCGGCUCAGACCACAGACCCUCAUCCACUGGCUCCAUACAGCUGACGGAACUUGAUGACGCAGCUUCUCUUCAUUCGAAUGAGGCACCAGCACCCAGCAAGGCGCCGGCUGCAGGACCGGUAAAAAAGGAACCAAAGGCACCAAAAUCCAAAGGUAUUAAAAGAGAAAGGGAACCAGAUAAUGAUGAGAGUAGUCGAGGGUCUGAGGAGAGCCCGCUGGAGGAUGGUGAAGGUGCAUCUAAACCCACUGGUAAGGGAACUAAACGUCAGAAAAAACGUGGCAUAUUUUCUAAAACUGCCACAAAUAUACUUCGUGCUUGGUUAUUUCAACAUCUUCAGCAUCCAUACCCGUCUGAAGAACAAAAGAAACAACUCGGUGCAGAAACUGGGCUUACAAUUCUUCAAGUUAAUAACUGGUUUAUAAAUGCUAGAAGGCGUAUUGUUCAACCAAUGAUUGAUCAGACCAACAGAAGUGGUCCUGGUUCCCAUCCACAUCCUAGCUUUUACUCCGACCCGGCUUCUCAAAUUGACAGUCAUAGCAUGCCACAAUUAGGACAGCAUAGAUUACCUGGACAAAUUACCGGAAGUGCACCAGGAUCUAUGGGUAGUUCUAUUCAAGCCGGAUAUGGAUCUUUACACAAUGUAGUGUCACACAUGCCAGGUAGUUUUACUAGUAGUUUAAGUCAUAGUGACCCGUACAGUGACCCCAUGAAGACUGCAUAUCCAACACCAACAUACAUGGACUCGUCGCUCUCUAGAUAUAACAUGAUUAGUUCAAUGCCAUGUUACACCGGAAAUGAAAUGUACCCACCGCCAGGACUUGGAAAUUCCUAUUACAACAUACCACCAACAGAACUGUAAUAACUUUUAUAUUCGAAUCAAGAAAUCGUUGCAAACGUCCAAAUACAGAUAGAAAAAAAUAUCUGUGAGCAGCAUUAAAAGUGUAAUUGUUUAACUAGUGUUUUCAAAUAUUUGACAGUGUUGUGUAGCAUUAUUUUGACUAAGUGCUUGAUUAUUUACGCUUUAUUUAUAAAUUGCAUUUCAUGUAUAUAUGUUUUAAUUAUGUGUAAAUAAAAGGUUAAAUACAAAUAUGAUUGCUGUUUUUUUA